GUCCGGAUUGAUCCAGUCUCCGUGACCGGCCCCCCAAACCCGCCGUCCCCACAUCCUCUCGGAAGACCCGCGGGGUAGCGGGCGAGGUAUAUCCGAGCUGCCGUCAAAUGUGUAUAACUAACCUCACCUCAAACAACACUUUACCGAAUAAUUCUCCAAGCAAAGUAUCAUCAAAAUGUCUACAAGAAAAGGCCCAUUCCGACUAGUCACAGUCAACACAGCGCCAGAGCGCGCAAAACGCCUCAUCGGACGCUUAAUCACCGAGCUGCAAGAUGACUACGAGAUCAUCCACGUGGACAACUGUUCAAGCAUCGAUGAGGUUGUUCCGAAAGUAACAGAGCACAAGCCGAAUGUAUUGUUCUCGGCUUCCAUGUGGUCUGCGGAAGAGGCGGAGCAGAUUCACUCGUUGGCAAAGUCUAUUGUGCCUGAUAUUAAACUUCAUGCUAUUCCUACGGGUCUACAGGUUGAGAGGGGACCGGAUGCUAUUGUUGAGUACCUUGUUGAGAAGGUCCCUCCUCUGCUGGAUAGCUAGAUCAGAAGGUCAGGCAGAUAUCGUUAAAUACAUUGGUUACCAGACAUAUUUGGUAUAUGUGUGUUCGAC